AUUUUCCAAUUUGAUCACUCAAGGUUGCGUUAUUUUAUUGCAAGAAACGUCAAAUGCGAGAAAUAAUAAUAUUUGAGCUGAUGAAUGUUAGAAACAUUUCAAUUCUAUAUAUCUAGGUUUUCUGAGAAUUUUACUUUAAAUAAAUGCAAAGAAUGCUAAAUUCCAAGAGUGAUGUGUAAGGCUUCUGAUAAAAUCUAACCAAAGUCGCCAUCUUUGUACUGCGAUGCAGAAUGAAAUACUGCUUUGCUCGCAUCUAGAUAACUGAUGUCGGCAAGAGCAAAGAUUUUAGUUCUACCAGGCGCCGUCAUGUCUUUGUGGAAAGUGAACAUCUUGCUAAUAGUUUUCUCCGUGUUUCUUGUAUGCACUUGCCAGCAAUAUGACUUUGGAGCUGAAAUAACAAGGCAAUGCCUUGUUCCAGAUCCUGUAGGUCUUCUAGAUUGCGUAGAAAACAAAGUCACGCUUCCUUAUCUCACCAGUUGGGUUGAUUGCACUAACAGUUUGGGACAAAAUGUGAAGACUUCAGCAGACAUCAUCAAUUACCGUUGCAAAAGUGUCUGGGAAGGAAAAGAAGUAAUACCGGAGGUAUUUUACAUCAAAGACUGCGUUAUUGAGAAAACCGGCCUACCAGCAAAAAAUGUAUCAGCAGAAGUGUUAGGAGCUUACAAGGAAUGCGAAAGCAACUCUAAUUCUCAAGGUCAACAAAGGUCAUUGGGUCAAACUCCUGCUCAGGGUGGUGUGAAGACAGCACCAAUACAACAACAGCAAGUCAGCAUUUCAGCUCCACAAAUUCCAGUGGCUCAGCCUCUUCCAGUCUUUCAAUCACAAGGUGGCGUGAAAACAGUACAAAUUCAGCAGCAACAAUUCAUGCCAGCUCCACAAAUUCAAGUGGCCCGGCCACCAACAAUGUCUCAAGGCGGCGUGAAAACGACCCCAGUUCAGCAGCAGCAAAUCAACACAGCAGCUGGAUACAGACAGCAGCAACCAGUCCCCAGACCACCACCUCAACAGCAACCAGUUUCCCAGCAAUAUUUUAUGAUAUAUCCAAGACCACCUUUACCCGUGCAACAACCAUUUUCAUCUAAUCCUAAUCAAGCAACUCAACAACAAAUUCCUGUCUCAUACACACCUCAACAGCCCAUGACUCAGCAACAAAUGGGCAAGACAUCAUAUUCAUCCCCUGUGCAACAAAUUUCGCAAUAUUCUGUCGAUGUAGCAUCACCAAUGCAACCUGUGCAACAGAUGCCAAGUGGCCCCUAUUAUUAUCAAUUCCAAAUCCGACACUCUUAGAAUUUUUGUUGGAACUGUUUUCAGAUGCAAUUAAGAAAAAUUAGGUUGCAUUUUUAUGUGAAUAAUUAUUUAAACAAAUUCCAAAUUAUUCAGAUAUGCAAUAUCUGCCAUAAAACAGAAGUGUUGUUUCAAUUGGAU